ACAGUAAUCGGGCCUCUGGGCUGGGCCUGGAGCUGGCCCGAUAGAACAGUCGUCGAUAGUAGUCAUAGUGAUGACAUGGGAUCGCCGGUCGAAUUUAUAUCUAACCUGCUGGACACGCGUCGAUUCAGGAGGGGUUCGACGCUGGAUAUAAAUUCGACCGACGAUCCCUUCCGCUCAAUACGGGAUUUUGAUUUGUCUCUCUUCUGGCUUGGAAUCUGCGAUUAUGAGGCCCAAGAUUUAUCUAUUUGGAGAUUCCAUCACCGAGCACUCCUUCAGCCAUGGCGGUUGGGGAGCCUCUUUGGCAGAUCACUUCUCUCGCACGGCGGAUGUGGUGUUGAGAGGCUACUCAGGAUACAAUACGAGGUGGGCUGUGGAGGUGAAAGAGAGAGUAUUUCCGCCGUCGGACGGCCGGGAAGAUGUGGUGGCUGUGACGGUGUUCUUCGGGGCCAACGACGCCUGUAUUCCCGACCGGUACGCUGGGUUUCAGCAUGUGCCUCUGGAUGAAUACAAGCAGAAUUUGCAAUCCAUUGUUGCCUUUUUCAAGAAACGAUGGCCCUCUGCUCGUGUUGUCCUCAUUACACCUCCUCCAAUUGAUGAAACUACUCGGCUCCUGCACCCUUAUGCAGACAAUCCUUCAGGCCUGCCUGAAAGGACAAAUGAGGCUGCCGGCAUCUACGCCAAACAAUGCCUUGCUGUUGCCGCUGAAUGUGGAGUUGCAGCAAUAAAUCUCUGGGAGAAAAUGCAGGAGAGCCCCGGAUGGGAAAAGGCUUUUUUAAGCGAUGGUUUGCAUCUCACAGCAAAAGGCAAUGAGUUUGUGUUUGAGAAGGUGGUCGAACAGCUAAGGGAAGAACAAGUAAGUCCACAGACUCUACCAGUCGAUCUCCCGCUUUUUCCUGACAUCGAUCGAAACGAUCCCCUCAAGUCUCUUGCGAGCUAAUUUAUCCCGGGGUGACCAUUCAUCUGUCACUUUGAGUGCCAUGCCAAUGUUGUUGAUGUUUAUCUGCAAGAUCUUAUGAUUGUUAUACAUGGCUAUAAAGGCUAGACGAUACAUCCAUAUUAUUGAUUUAAAACUUUCCUGAGAAGGAAGUCUAUAUAUGUUGUUAUAUGGCUAUAAAUGCUAGACGAUACAUCCAUAUUAUUGAUAUUGAUUUAAGUAUCUCCUGAGAA